UCUUCUCUCUCGCUCUCGCCAUGUACGAUCGCAUGUUCUAACCAGAAAAAGAGAAGAACUGGAUACUGUGUGAUAGUAGCUGGUCUAGCUUGGUGAGAAGAAUGAGCAACCACCAACGUAAUCAACCAAUACAGCAUGCUGGGAUCUACGACCGUUUCAGGGUGCGAGAUCAUGCCUCAAUCCACAUCGAGAAUAUGCUUCGAAGUAUGCCUCCCACUUCGCCGGAGCAUUGUAUAUUUAGGGUUCGUAAUCAACUGCGCGAAGUCAACGAGAAAGCCUAUGACCCAGAGAUCCUAGCCAUCGGCCCUUAUCACUAUGGAAAUGGCAAGUUCAAAUUCAUGGAGGAGCAAAAACUGCGAUACCUGCAGCAAUUGCUUGAUAGGAGAAAGGAGAGUGUCGACAGGUAUAUGCCGACUCUCAGGGAACUGGAACAGCGGGCGCGUAAUUGCUAUGCGGAAACCAUUGACCUCUCCCAAGAAAAGUUUCUUGCGAUGAUGCUCAUUGAUGGAUGUUUCAUCGUUGAGUUCUUCCGUAAGUACAAUCGGAUGAUAGCGACAGACAAAGACGACCCGGUUAUGAAUGAAUGUGGGAAUCGAAAUAGCAUUAGGCGCGAUUUACUGCUGCUAGAGAACCAACUCCCACUUUUCGUCUUGAGCAAGCUAUAUGACCUGACUGAGGACGAGCAUCAUGAGUUCAGCAAAGUCGUCAUCAUGUACUUCCAGGGUGAACGAAAAAACCCCGACCGAAAUUUGACGAUUGGCAACUGGGAACAUCUUCUGCAUCUGUAUCACGCGUGGUGCACUUCUGGCUUGCCUGAAACGCCCCACCUGAACUGCACACCAGUCAUGCCCUCGGCGACUGAGCUAACGGAGUCAGGAGUCAGGUUUAGGGCUGCGCAAGGGUGCGCACUGAGCGACAUCAAAUUCAAGAACGGGACACUCGAGUUACUGGCCUUCUGUGUAGAGGACGACACCGAAUCAAAUUUUCGAAACCUGAUCGCGUACGAGCAGCAUCAUCAAAGCAGAGACAUCAACUACUUCACAGAUUAUAUUACCUUCACGGAUUGCCUCGUAACCUCUAAAGGGGAUGUCGAGGUGCUUCGCCGCGCAGGGAUUAUUAAGAACUACUUGGGUGAUGACAAGGUGGUUGCGCAUAUGUUCACAGGACCUAUGACCACGUCACGGUAUCUUAUCCUUAUUAUUUCGAGAUCUUCAACAAUGUGAAUGCACAUUACACGAAGAAGUGGAACGCCUGGAUGGCGAAACUGAGGAGGGAAUAUUUCCAUAGUCCUUGGGCUUCCUUGUCCGUUCUCGCAGCCAUUGUGUUGCUCUUUCUCACAGUAGCACAAACAGUAUUUACUAUUCUUCCUUACACAAAGUGAGGUUAAAUGUGAUGAAUGCUGGAUCAUAUAUUUCCCCUGGACCAUCUACUUGUGUUCUAUAGCCAAUAGUAUUAUCUUGGUUUUCCAA